UUCCUUUUUUAAACCACAGGGCGGGUACCUCAGCCACACACACACAAAUUCACACAAACAUAAAAAAAAAAAAAAAAAAAAACACACACACACACACACACUCUCAUACACACGUUGUCGCGCACACAUUCCUUCAUUCCGCAGCAACAAACAAACAUCUUUUACCUUAAACAACAAUGGCCGAUGCCGAGGAUAUUCAACCCCUCGUUUGCGAUAAUGGAACCGGAAUGGUCAAGGCUGGUUUUGCUGGAGAUGAUGCACCGAGGGCUGUGUUCCCUAGCAUUGUGGGGCGUCCACGUCACACUGGGGUGAUGGUUGGGAUGGGGCAGAAGGAUGCGUAUGUUGGGGACGAGGCUCAAUCCAAGAGGGGUAUUUUGACUCUCAAAUACCCAAUUGAGCAUGGAAUUGUGAGCAAUUGGGACGACAUGGAGAAGAUCUGGCAUCACACUUUCUACAACGAGCUUCGUGUGGCUCCUGAGGAACACCCUGUGCUUCUCACCGAGGCACCUCUUAAUCCUAAGGCUAAUCGUGAGAAAAUGACUCAGAUCAUGUUUGAGACCUUCAACACCCCUGCUAUGUAUGUCGCUAUCCAGGCCGUGCUUUCCCUUUAUGCUAGUGGCCGUACAACUGGUAUUGUUCUGGACUCUGGAGAUGGUGUCAGUCACACGGUUCCUAUCUACGAAGGUUAUGCCCUCCCACAUGCAAUCCUGCGUUUGGACCUUGCAGGGCGUGAUCUCACUGAUGCCCUCAUGAAAAUCUUGACUGAGCGUGGUUACACUUUCACCACAUCUGCGGAACGGGAAAUUGUGAGGGACAUGAAGGAGAAACUGGCCUACAUUGCUCUGGAUUAUGAGCAGGAGUUGGAAACUGCCAAGACCAGUUCUGCUGUUGAAAAGAGCUAUGAGCUACCUGAUGGGCAGGUGAUCACGAUUGGCGCUGAACGAUUCCGAUGCCCUGAAGUUCUGUUCCAGCCAUCCAUGAUUGGGAUGGAAUCUCCUGGUAUCCAUGAGACAACAUAUAACUCUAUCAUGAAGUGUGAUGUCGACAUUAGGAAGGAUCUCUAUGGUAACAUUGUCUUGAGUGGUGGUUCCACAAUGUUCCCUGGCAUUGCUGAUAGGAUGAGCAAGGAGAUUACAGCAUUGGCACCAAGUAGCAUGAAAAUUAAGGUUGUAGCACCACCAGAGAGGAAGUACAGUGUCUGGAUUGGAGGCUCCAUCUUGGCUUCCCUCAGCACCUUCCAACAGAUGUGGAUUGCGAAGGCAGAGUAUGAUGAAUCUGGACCAUCAAUCGUACACAGGAAAUGCUUCUAAGUUAUAAUCAUGGAGUGUGAAAGCUGGACCAGGGAAAUUACUAUUUAUACAAAUACUACAAAAAUACCAUCUAGUGGUUGAGGAACUUUCAUUUCCUACUCUUUACCAUCCUUUUAUCUAUCUUGUUUUUGUGUUUUCCUUUCUUUGAUAUGUUGAGAUAAGAGCAUGAAGGCUAGCAAGAUAUGUAAGAUUCUUUUUUUUUCUCCCGUUCUGUUGUAGAAGAGAUGUGAAUUGUUACCUAUUUGGUUUGGUUGAAUUAACAAAUUCUUUUCAUGAAGUAUUCUGAUUAACAUA